UGUGCUGGAGACCCUAGCCGCUAUUACAACAAGGAUGCCGGGAAGUGCUGUUACCGCUGCCCUUCAGGGCUGUCCCCACUGCAGCCAUGUCCAGAGGGGUACGCUGACUGCAGGAAGCAGUGUAACCGUGACUACUACCUGAAUGAGGCCAACCGCUGCACAGCCUGUGUGAGCUGCUCACGAGAUGACCUCGUGGAGAAGAUGCCCUGCACAAGGAACUCCCCCCGUGUCUGUGAAUGUCGACCUGGAAUGUUCUGUGCCACAUCAGUCACCAACACCUGUGCCCGCUGCAUCACCCACACUCUCUGCCCGUCAGGGAUGAUUGUCAAACGCCAGGGCACAGCCAAGCAGGACACUGUCUGUCAGCCAGCUCCCCUGGGGACUCGCACUGACUGCAGCACCAGCCCAGAGAACUGCAAGGCGUCUGCCAGAGGCACCACCUCCAAGGCCAUGUUCAUCCUAACCUCCAGGGCCAGGACCACGCCAUUCAGAGAAAGCCCAGUCCGUACCCCGGAAGAUGCUUCCAAACCAAUGAGGCCUCCCCACUCUCCCUCCUCUGGUGGAAAGCCCAGCCCAGAUCCAGGCCCAUCUGUACACCAACCGUGCCCACAGGGGUCCUCAGACUGCAGGAAACAGUGUGAGCCUGACUACUACCUGGACAAGGCUGGCCGCUGCACCGCUUGUGUGAGCUGCUUGCGAGAUGACCUUGUGGAGAAGACUCCCUGCACGUGGAACUCCCCCCGUGUCUGUGAAUGCCGACCGGGAAUGUUCUGUGCCACAUCAGCCACCAACUCCUGUGCCCGCUGCAUCACCCAUCCUCUCUGCCCAUUAGUUAUGGCUUCGAGGAACACCACCUAUGAGCCGCUUCCCUUGGGUACCCACCCUGACUGCAGCACCAACCCAGUGGACACUGAGACUCCUGCCAGCAGCAUCAGCCCCACCCUGAUGUCUCCACUGGACUCCCAGCCCAGUAAGAGGCAUGGAGGGAGCACCACCCACUCCCAGGAGGACCUCUCCAUCCCAACCAGUGCGCCUGCUGCUCUCUCCUCCACGGAAAAGCCCAUUCUGGACACAGGACCUGUGCUCUUCUGGGCGACCACGGUGCUGGUGCUGUUCCUGGUCUCUAGCAUCUUCCUCCUAUGCCACUGGAGGGCCUGCAGGAAGGGGCUCAGGCAGAAGCUUCACCUGUGCUUCCCAGGCCAGACCUUCCGGCCUAAGCCAGAGCCUCCCUGUAGGAGCAUGUCGGUGGCAGAACCAGGCCCAGAAGAGUGGGGGUUGGUGAGCACCCCGGCUGUGGAGACCUGCUGCAGCGUGGGGACAGCCUGCCCGGAGAACAAGAGGCUGCUGGAGGCCAGCCCAGCUGAGAGCCCCUCAUUCCCCAAUGACCUCCCUGAGGCCCGGGCGACCACAGAGCACACCAAUAACAAGAUUGAGAAAAUCUACAUUAUGAAGGCUGACACAGUGAUUGUGGGGACGGUAAAGACCGAGGUGCCUGAGAGUCGGGGUCCAGCAAUGCCAGUGGAGCCCAAGAUUGAGGAGGAGCUGGAGGUGGACCAUGCCCCCCACUAUCCGGAGCAGGAGACAGAGCCGCCUCUGGGCAGCUGUGGGGAUGUCAUGUUCUCGGUGGAGGAGGAAGGGAAGGAGAAGCCCUUGUCCACAACCACCUCUGAGCAGUGA